AUGAAUCUGCCGGGACACGAUCAGCAUUUUAAAUGCCACAAAGAGUCUGGAAUCAGAUCUGGUGCAGCGAGGUCUCGAACAACGGCUGAACCCAAACACGGGAAGGGAGAUACCCAUUCAGAGUCCAGACCUGCUCCUCAUGGAGGGACCCGGCUCCAGGCCUACCGGUUGGUUCUGGGCCUCCUCCUGGUUAGAGAUGCUGCCGGGCAGCACGUGCUGUCGGCUGCUAAACACCAGCAUGAGCCUGACGGAGUUAACCAGGGAACACGGCGUGAAGAUCCCGCCGCUGUUCGGGUGUUCAGUGGAGGAAUCAGCCUGGCAGUGGGGGAGCUUGUCGGCCACAGCCACGUGAAGUCCGCAGCACGGAUGAACAGCGCUGUGGUCAUCUUUCUAGAUACCACAGAAACUACGGAAGUGGUGUUGAUGACCGGGAUCUCCGUGGGUGAACACUUCCUGCUCAUGUAUCCUCUCAGCUCACCGGAAGUGAAAGUCACCGUGUCCAACGUGCCACCAUUCAUAAGAAACGAUGCAAUAAUCAAAGAGCUGUCCAAACAUGGGAAGGUGAUGUCUCCGGUUAGGAGAGUGUCCUCUGGCUUUAAGUCUCCGCUGUUAAAGCACGUGGUGUCUCACAGGAGACAUGUCCUCAUGAUCCCCAACAACAGGAGCAGAGUGGUCAACCUCAGUUUCAAACUCACAGUAGAGGACUUUGACUACGUCAUCUUUGCAAAGACUAAUAAUUUUAAAUGUUACAGUUGUGGGAAAGAAGGACAUCUGAGCAGAGCUUGUCCUGAGAAAAAUGGUUCUCAUGAAGACCAGAACCAGAAAGGUGGCGGUACAGGCAGCCAGCAGACCAUUCUCCAUGAGGAGCAGUGGAAGAUGCCGGCUCUGCCAGCACUGCUGCUGUCGAUUUACGUCGCCGUCCUGCUGCUGACCAUGGCACCGCUCUCCUUCAGCCGGGCCAACAUCCUCUCUGCUGUCCGGAUGGAAUCAUGCAGCUCAUUGAGUACAAACGCCUCCGUUCAUGCUCGGAGGUCGCUCGCCGUCUGCAGAGGCUCACUCAUGGAGGGCUUACUCGUGGAGGGCUCACGCGUGGAGGCUCACGCGUGGAGGCUCACUCGUGGAGGCUCACUCGUGGAGGCUCACUCGUGGAGGCUCACGCGUGGAGGCUCACUCGUGGAGGCUCACUCGUGGAGGCUCACGCGUGGAGGCUCACGCGUGGAGACAGUCUGCUGGUUGAACUCUGUGCUGUGUGUUUGUAUUGAGGGCAUCUCUGGCCGUAAACCAGGUUACUUCUCCUUCCUGGAUCCGUUCUCGCCGGCUGUCUGGCUCUUCAUGCUGUUGGCCUACCUCGCCGUCAGCUGCGUCCUCUUCCUCGCCGCCAGGCUCAGCCCCUACGAGUGGUACAACCCUCACCCGUGCCUGCGGGAGCGGCGGGACGUCCUGGAGAACCAGUACACGUUGGGCAACAGUCUGUGGUUCCCAGUGGGCGGCUUCAUGCAGCAGGGCUCAGAGAUCAUGCCUCGAGCUCUGUCCACCCGCUGCGUCAGCGGAGUCUGGUGGGCGUUCACCCUCAUCAUCAUCUCGUCCUACACGGCCAACCUGGCGGCGUUUCUCACCGUGCAGAGGAUGGUGGCUCCCAUCGAGUCUCCGGACGAUCUGGCCGACCAAACCAACAUCCAGUACGGCACCAUCCACGGAGGGUCCACCAUGACCUUCUUCAUGAACUCGCGGUACCAGACGUACCAGCGGAUGUGGAACUACAUGAACUCCAAGCAGCCCAGCGUGUUUGUGAAGAGCACCGAGGAAGGCAUUGCCCGCGUCCUCAACUCCAAGUACGCCUUUCUGAUGGAGAGCACCAUGAACGAGUACUACCGCAGCCUCAACUGCAACCUCACGCAGAUCGGAGGACUGCUGGACACCAAAGGAUACGGCAUCGGCAUGCCUCUGGGCUCUCCGUACCGAGACGAGAUCACUCUGGGGAUCUUACAGCUGCAGGAGAGCAACAGGCUGGAGAUCCUGAAGAGACGCUGGUGGGAGGGGGGACAGUGUCUCAAAGAGGAGGACCACCGGGCCAAAGGUCUCGGCAUGGAGAACAUCGGCGGGAUCUUCGUGGUCCUGAUCUGCGGCCUCAUCAUCGCCGUCUUCGUGGCCAUCAUGGAGUUCCUGUGGUCGACGCGCCGCAGCGCCGAGUCCGACGAGGUAAACCUUCAUCAUCACCACCCUCCUCCUCCUCCUCUUCCUCUCUCGUCCUCCUCCUCCUGCCCCGCCCCCGGCCUCAACCUCAGCUCAAACGCCUCAGUCUCUGUUUGUCAGGAGAUGCUGACGGAGUUUCGAAACGCCGUCUCCUGUAAGAAGAGUUCUCGCUCCCGACGCCGCCGUCCUCUGAGCAGCGCCGGGGGCGGAGUACUGCGUCACCCGUCGCGCCUGGCUCUGGCUACGCCGCGCCCCAUCCGCCUGGUUCGGGAGAUGCGCCUCAGCAACGGGAAACUCUACAGCGGCGCCGGCUCGCUGACAGGCGGCCUUGGGGGAGGUAUGGGAGGGGUCCCUAAUUUGGGGCCGGGGCCACAGAGGCUGCUGGAGGACCCGCUAGGCGCCAACGCCACCACCAGCACGCCUCCUCCGGUGUCGGCCCUGGUGGCUCCUCCCGCCCCACUGCGCAGCUUCCUGCAGGGCUGCAGCCACGUGCGAAUCUGCCAGGAGUGCCGGCGGAUCCAGAGCUUGAGGCCGGCCACGCUCACGCCGCCCCCGCCUCCUCCCCCGUCCUCCUCCUCCUCCGCCUCCUCCUGCUCCCGGAUUCCUCCCCCCGGAGGUCACCACCUCCGCCACAACCCCCAUCACCACCUCCACUACCACCACGGCUCCAUGUCGCUGCCCCGCCUCCCACCGCCGCCUCCUCCAAUCCCAGCGGACAGAGCCGACAGCGACGGGGGCGGGGGGGCGGCGAGUCCGCGGCUGGGCAACAACAGACCACCGCCACCGCCGAGGCCGCAGCCGCCCCCGAAGACACCGACACGCCCGCUGACGGACUUACUAACGGGGCACAACUAAAGCAGAAGGACGCUGUGUGAGGGGUCAAAGGUCAUGGUUUCAAACCAUCUUUUGGGCCCCAAUGACACAUCUCGAUCAGUCCAAACUGGUCUAACAGGAGGUGUGGACGGAAGAAACCAUUUCGACCCAUUUGAAGGGUCGUUGAUAAAAACAAAAGCCACUUUGGCUCCGUGGAUCAUACCAGUAACCUUUCCACAGGGGAUGGACGGAUUAAACCACUCUUGACUGUACGCAGAGAGGAUAAAUGGAACGUUCUGUUUUGGAUUAAACCAGCUGAGGUGUUCACAGUCAAUUGGAUCGCAGGGUUGCAGAAAGACAAACAGGAAGUGGCGGCCAAAUGGGCACCUCUGCCAAUCAUCACGCUCCGUGCCAAGUGAGGAGGACUCUUUCUCUUACCGUUUGAAUACUGAACCAGGUGUUUGUAUAGAAGGAGACCGACUGUACACACACACACUCACACACACACACAUACGUACACACACGGUAGCAGAGCAGCUGUACAGUUGUCAAUCAUCAGGUUGUAGCUCUUAGCAACCUUGUUGCUGUUUUGUGCAGACGUCUCGAAAAAAAACUGACCAACCGGUGCUGUGAUCCACAAAGCUGACGCGUCAAUACUCACCUGAAGUGUACGAAGCUGCGCUGAGCCAGUUCUUCUUCUCCAUGCAGCAUUUAAUCCACCAAGAAAGGACGGCUCUCAAUGAGACAGGGAGGAGACGUUCAUUGUUUUUGUUUGAAACUGUUGGCUGGAUCUUUGUUUGAGGUGUCAGGUUACACAACAGUCCACCAAUGAGAAACUAGUAUCAGUGACUACGGCAUGAACCAUUUUUGCUCCAUUUUGCUUUCUUUUCAAGAAUUAGAUGUGGAGAUGGGUUUCAAUCUCAUGUCUGUGUGUUUAGUGAAGAGCGCGAGUCCGGACUUGAUUAGCCUAGCGUAGCACAAAGACUUUUCUGACGUUUGGCAACCCAUAAAAGGAAAAGAAGCCAAAGAAAUAAAAUAGGAGCAGAAUGGACAUUCCAUUUCAAAUCAACGCUAUUUUUUUGUGUAACAUUGCGACUGUUGUUGCGGGCUAACUUUUAUAUUAUCUAGACGACUUAAGUCAAGUUACGGAUUCACUGAAGUGAGGUCUUAAUGCUUCAUCCACUCACUAUUCACAGCGUAGGAAAGCUUAUUUUCUGUAACAUUACUACAUUCUGUAGCAUUAAAGCAUGGUGGAAUUAGCAUGCUAGCUAGCUACCAGUGGACAGCUAACUAAUUACUUGGCUUACUAGCUAGUUAGUAGAGUAGUAGAGUACCAGCUGGCUACUUAGCCAGUCUGCCAAUUCCGCCAUGCUUUUUUGGCCAAUCCUCUGUAACCAGUGUAGCAUUAAAGCAUGGUGGAGGUGGCAACCUAGCUAACUAACAGCUGAUGUAACAAACAAGAUACAACAUGUUAAUCAGUGAGCUUCAGGGGUGUUAGUGGGUGUAUUUUAGAACUUUGGACAUAUCUAGGCUAGCUGUUUCCCCCUGCUUCCAGUCUUUAUGCUAAGCUAGGCUAUCCACGUCCUCAUAUGAGAUUGAUAUCCAUCUGAAAACACAAAGAAAAUGAGCGCAUUUUCCAAAACGUUGAACUCUUCCUAACUAAUUUAACGGCUUACCACCGCUACACGCCAAACAAGGAAGCAUCUGCUGCUUCGCUUUUUCAAAGCAAAAGUCAUGAGAAUUGCGUGUAGCCAAAAAAGCUCCUUCUGCCUAAAAGGGAGUUACAUCUCACAUGAAAUUUUUUGAAACUGAUGUCAGACAAAUUAUACAAAUCAGCUAAAUAUCAGGUCCAACUGCGAUCCUUCAAAACCUGUCCAGACGUAGCAGCUAUAUCCGAGUUGAGGAGUCAAACGGCAACUUUAAGGGACUGUACGAAAAAUGAUUAAUUUGGCUGAGGGGGUCGUCUCUUUAGACAUAAUGAUAAUGUAUUGAAGGGAGAUUUUAUUGUUGUAUAUUGUACUAAAAUGUCUCCUCUAAUAUGCAAAUUGGUGGCUAUUGUGACAAUUUCCAGAUUUAAAGUGGAGUACAACAUUUUAAAUAUUUUUGUUUUGUAUUUUAUUGGUGAAACCAGUUUGUAGCAUUUCAAUACUGUUACAGUGUGUUAUUUUGAGACUUUGAGGUUGUUUGAAGUUUUUUGCCCGUUUUCACCAAUCUAGUAUUUUUUAAACAGUCCCCAAAAACAGAGGAACUCCCUCAGUACAGUGGUGUAUAUUUUCGGUGAGUAUUAAAGCUGCACACACACACACACACACACAUCACAGGGAAACAAAAGAGAAAAACUAAAUUUGUGAUUGUAAUUUCACUUCCGGAGUAUUAUUUCUUUAUAACUUUGAGUUCUUGAGCUCUUUAAUUUAAAUUGAUGUAAUGUUGAUUCGAUCACCACGCCGGGAUGUCAGAGUUUAAAAGUUACCCGCCAGCCGGUCCACACAUCGACGCAUCGUAUCGACUGCUCAACAUAAGAGGUGAUAUUGACAUUUCCACAUGUAAUUGCUUUACAGUCGCCUGGAGGAGCCAAAAGUAAAUCAACUACUGGACUUUUUUUUUUUUAUUUCAUGGAAGCAGAUUUUUAUUUCAUAUCAGUGCCUGUAGUUUUAGUUCAUUUUAUAAUUUUUUUAAUUUUAAUUUUUUCCGUAUAAAAUGUUUAGAAAGUGAGACCAAGAAAUAGUUUAUGAAAAUGAGAAAAACGCACAGGAAUGUUGAUGUAAAGUAUGAUUUUGUGUGUGUGUGUGUGUGUGUGUGUGUGUGUGUGUGUGUGU